ACCACCGGCGAUUAUUCACGAGUCGACGUUGAGAAGAAACUCGCCGGUGGUUCUAUUUCUCGUUCAUGUCUGAUGAAUGUUGUCAUUUCCUUCGGGAAUUUUUGAAUUGACGGAACAUCCAGCUGCUUCGCCGUGUCGGUUGUAGUUUAGCAGCCUUCAGAAUGGCUAAGGGACUUGAUUCUCAGCUCUCUCGCAGUCCCUUAGCAAUUAUGGCGAUUCACUACUUAUCAAGUUGGAAUCGUUUGGAUCUUCUGCUCGUGGCUCUACUGAUCAAAGAUGUAAAGGAUCUCGAUCCGGUAACAUGAGAGGGAGAAGUUGAGGCGCACAGGGAAUCCAAAGCCAUGGACGGCAAGUGUCAACCCUGAAAAUCAGUAUCACUGCUGCAAGGAUGACUCAUGUACAUACAGUCUCAAGUGUCCAUUGCAUCAAAAGCAACUUGUUUUGGAGCAGGAAAUUUGUAAGCUUCUUGAUAGUAUGUUUUGUUCCUGUAUUUGCACAAUGUGUACUAUCCUCUAUGUAAUUAGAAGAAAUAGAGUCCAUGUACUAUU